AUGGCAUCAUUUCAACCAAAAUAUACCGAUAGCCAGCUAGAGCUUUACUUGAAGCGUAUCGGGUAUUCGAAUUCCGACAGCAAUCUUCUCCCCGAUCUCCGCCAAAGAAUUGAGAAAAAUGCUCUUUUGGUACUGUGUGAGUUGCAAAGGCGACAUCUCACCGCUAUUCCUUGGGGAAAUUCGGGAUUGCACUACACACAGCAUCAUACCAUAUCUCUGAAUGCCCAUAGUCUUUUUGAGAAGAUAAUAGAGCGGCGGCUGGAUGGGUAUUGUAUGGAGAACACAGGGAUCUUCUUGAUUGUCUUAAGAUCCUUGGGGUAUCAGGUUUACGCCACUGGAGGCAGAGUCAGUCAUGCUGCUGCAAGAGGCGUGAAUAAUGGGUUAUAUGUAUCCAUUGGGCAUAUGAUAUUGAUUGCAAGUAUUGACGGCGAGAAAUACAUGAUCGAUGUUGGCUUUGGAAACAACUGUGCCACUGCUCCGUUACCACUCCGCGAGGGCGCUACUGCCACGUCUAUUGCACCAUCUGAGAUGCGUCUAGUCAGAGAGUCCAUUAUCGAGUUCACAGACCCAAACCAGAAGAUUUGGAUCUUUCAAACAAGAUACAAUCCCGAGAGCGAGUGGGUGCCCCAGAUCUGUUUUUCUGAUGUGGAGUUCCUGCCUCAAGAUUUCGGUGUCAUGAACUUCUCAGUCAGCCAGAACCGAACUAGUUGGUUCACUAAGAUAUUCGUCUGCAUGCGAAUGAUUUUGAAUCAAGAUGGCACUGAGAUCAUAGGCCAAUGCGUGAUGUCGGGCAGAGAGGUCAAGCGGAGAGUACGCGGGGAAACAGAGAUUUUGGAGACAUUGCACACCGAAGAGGACCGGGUGAAGGCUUUGGCGAAGUACUUCGAUAUGCACUUGCGCGAGGACGAGAAACAUGGAAUUCGGGGUAUGACCUCAGAGCUAGUGUAG